AUGCUUAAAAUUGCUAUAAUCGCGACGUGCAUGUGCAUUUCGGCAGCUUAUUUUGAUGUUUACAAGCGACUUUUCGGACGCAUCGAAGAAAUACUUGGGGAUCGUUUUGCUGUGCAUGCCAUAGUAAGAAGUGAUUCGUGUCCGUAUCGGAUAGAAAUAUUGAAGUUUUUCCGCCCCUAUGGCGAAACAAUCUACCUCUCAUCGUACGUUCCUGAUGACUGCGCAAAAGUCAAACUUGAAAAAGGAAAGACCUAUCUUCUUGGAGGUUAUAUAUCUUAUGACUUUUAUUUUACCCCACCGAACUACCCUUACAAUGGCCAACUCUUAUGCACUGAUUGCAAGUAUCGUGAGUGGACUUGGAUUGAAAAAGAGUACUUCAAACGAAUAUGGAGUUAUGAUACCUAUCACCUAAAUUAA